AUGUCUUUCCACUUUCAGUCAGUAGAAGUUUGGCGCGAAACUCGGAUCAAGAAUGGAAUUGUGUCUACUGCGCUGAUGCUGUGUUUGGACGAAGUGGUCAUCAACCACGACAAGGAGGUUGCGGAAGCUCAGCAUAAAGACUUCCAGCUCCUAAUUGAUGAGGUCUGGAAGGUGGCAAUGCGCUCGCAGCACUACCUGACGGAACUUUUUAAACACUACAAGUUUGACGAGGCACGUGGCUACUUGUCUGUCGAUGAGGUUCGAAGAAUGUACUAA